AUGCCGCCGUCACCUUCGGCGUCGCCGUCGCCGUCGCCGGUCCAGCAUCUGGAGUCGAUCAGCGUGCGCGUUUUCCGGGCCUACUCCGCCGCCCCCGCCCCAGCUCCUCCUCCGCGCCACCGCCGCCACCGCUCAUCUGGAACCUGUUGCCGCUGCAGCCAGCGCCAGCACCGCGUGGCCUAG